UAGCUUGCACAGCUAGUCGCUGAACUUGCAAGCUUCUCUGUUUGUCAGCUGACAUGUGGAUAGGCUAGCUACUCGGUUGAGCCUUUCACCUUGUUAAACGUGGACUUGCACACGCUCUUGAGCUCGGAGCUUCUGUCUCUUGUCCUUUUUGGUCGUUCAUAGGCAUUACAAUUGCAUACUACUUCAUAUUACUUGAGUAAAGCUAGGCUAGCCACAAGGGUUCCAAGCUUCCAACAGUCUGAGGUCAGCUUCCCUCCGUCACAUAUGGCUGCCAAGAUUAAGGAAGGGAUACGGGACUUGACCCUUGGGGUGGUUGAUCGACUUAAGGGUCCCAAGUAUGCCGAUAACCUUUUGGGGGACAGUCUCCUCGAUCAGCUACGAAAGGCCACGGCGAAGGACCUGUUGCAGCCCAGCGAAGAAAUGAAUUCGCAGGUUGUGGAUACCAUCAACCAAGACAUCGCCAACGGGAAGGACAGCAAGGACAUCGUCAACCUGCUGAAGAAGCGGCUGCGCACCGACAACCCGCAGAAGCAGUGGCUGGCGGUGCAGCUGGUGGGCCGUGUGAUGCGCGACUGCAGCGGCGCCAUCGGGCUGCACCAGGAGGAGCUGCUGCGGGAGGUGGCGGCGGUCAUGACGCGGCCGGCACGGAUCGACACGGAGGCGGGCCGCACCACCCGCAAGGCCGCCAAGGAGCUGCUGCGCUCCUACGGGCGGGCGGGCACCAGCGCCUUCCGAGCCGCGCACCGCACCGGCGCCGGAGGGGGAAACGCGCUGGCGGGCCACCCCUCCCUCUCACACCCCGAUGCAGCCAUGGCGGCGGUGGAUGCGGCGGCCUCCGCUGAGGCCAGCAGUGUGGUGGCGGAGGUGCAGCAGCUGAUCGAGCAGGCGCACGCCAACACGGAGCUGCUGAGCGAGAUGCUGGUGGCGGAGCAGCGGGCGGCAGGAUGGGCAGGAGGCAGCGGGGAAGGGGCGGGAGCUGGGCCCUCUGCGGGCGGAGAUGAGUUUGAGAACGAGCUGACGAAGGAGCUGGUGACGGAGGUCCGCGAGCUGCGGGGUUUGUUUGACGCCUACCUGGAGCAGAUGCAGUCCAUGAGCGACCCCGCGGUGGAGGCCACCCUCAUCCGGGCGCUGGAGGCGGUGGACUUGCUGGACGGGGCGCUGGCGCUGCAGAAGGAUGUGGCUUCAAACCAGUUGGAGUUGGAGCAGCAGGCAACAGCUGGCAGCGGCAGCGGCGGAGCAGCAGCAGCAGCGGCUGCAGGACGACCUAGCGGAGCAGCAGCACCAGCGCCCGCAACAGCGGCGGGCGCCUCCACCCAGGGGGACCUCAUCUCGUUGGACGACUUCUGCUCGCUGCCGCAGCCGCCGCCAGUGCUGGGGGGAGCGGCACCCGCUGCGGCGCCGUACGAUCCCUUCGCGGCCUCCGACAACGUCCCCACGCACCCUGUGGGCUCGCCUCCAGCUGGGGCAGCGGCGCCCCACACCGCCCCGCAACAACCGCCUGCCUACCCAGCAGCAACGACAUCGCACCAACAACCUCCUCCUCGUCAACCGCAAUACCAACCGCUACAGCAACAACCACAACAGCAGCAGCAGCAGCCUCCAAUGUACGGCAUAUACAGUCAACAACCGCACCCGCAUGUUGCGCAGCAGCCGCUACAGCACCACCAGUACGGCGCAUACAGUCACGCAGCUGCACAGCCGUACGGCUCUGCUGCUGCUCACCCCGGUGUCGGAGCGUUGCCGUACAACAACCCCUUCUCGGGCGGCGGUGCAGCCAUGCCGUCAACGGCAGCGUACCGGCAUCCCGCCGGGCUGCAUGCGCCGCCUCAGCAAGGCACCGUGGGUGGCCCCAGUGGCAGCAGCAACCCUUUCGCCGCUGCGCCGGCGCCACCGCCACAGCAGCCGCUGUCCGUCCCUAGCGACUGGGACACGUUCUUUGCCGACCGGGCCAAAUGAGGAGAGGGCGGUUGAGCGUUGUGGCGCGGUUGCGGGCGGGAGGCAGGCGGUCUGCAGCGGCAGGGUGUUGUGUUCCGUGGCUCCUGCAUGGGAGCUGAACGAAUAAGGGAAGGAGGAGCAGCAGAAGGAGGAGGAUCCUUCACGCAUGGGCGGGGAGGAGCAUUGUUGGAACAUAGGUAUAUUGCAGCGAUGACGCCGGUAGGGAUGCGGUCAUGGCGACCCGUGGGUCGGUGGGACACGGUACAAUUGGACUUGCAGCCGGAGAGGAGCGUGGUGAACGGAUGCGGUGAAGAUUGGAACUCGUCCGGGUGUGUGUGGCUGGCGGUGAUUCGUGUGGAUUGGGACGAUUCGAAGAAAGAUGUGCGCUGAAGAGAUAUGGGGCGUUGGAUUGCAUAUGACAGUGUUGUUCAUAAGGAAUUACCGGUAUACAUUCCCACUGUUAUGCGCAUCGCGUAACUUCUUAUGGGCUUGCAGGGGCCUGUGAAUCUGACGGUUGCGCACUCGCUUGGUUGCCCUCGGUUGCCUUUUGGUUAUCAACUUGGGACGCCCAUGUACACAAUUACUUCCAGCCUUUCCAGUAAAAAACAACGUUUACGAGACGAGGCGUCUGGGGCCUAGUGCAGCAUCUCUCACCCUAUGCACCCCACACCAGAGCAACAUGUCCCCCAUCCGCCGUGCAACGUUUGGGCCUCUUUGCAAGAGCCGUGCAGAGGGUCCCAUAUGUGAAAAAAUAGCAGGCC